CGGCGCUCCACUGUGGACAUUGACAAGAACACUUUCCUGGGCCGCCCUGUCAUCCACUUCAAUCCCAUCGAACCUAGCGAAACCCUACUACACGACGUGGUCUACCGAUGCAAUCCCGGUGCGGUCCUCUCAAACGUAGCCUUCUUCCGAGUCACUCUUUCCUCCUCCCCGAGCAAAGGCUGGAUAAUCAAAUCUGAUGUGGAUAUCAUCAACUCCAGGAGAAUCUGUCCCGUUUACCCUCUCUCGCGUUAUCCGUUGCGCUGUUACUCCAAGAGCCUCAAUCUUUUGAAGGUCACUGUCUCCAAGAUUCAAGAAGCCUAUGUUGUUCUUACCAAAGCCAAGGCAAGAGUAACAGCUCCUGGAUUCCAAAGAAGUGCUCAUGUCAAAGUCAAGGAAGGAGAAGAUCACCAUCAUGGAGUUCUUGGUAUCCGUUGGGAUGGAUAUAUAACCUACUGGAAUGGUAAUGUCUUGAGGAGACUCGACCAAAUGGGUGAUCACUUCUCUGACAUUAUAGUUCACAAAGGGGUAACUUACGUUUUGGAUUCA